UUGAUGGAAAGAGUCGGCAUCCAGGGGCAUCCAGGGAUUGUUUCCCGCUUUCACGUGGAAUCCAGCAAUUUGUUCAUAUUGUUCUUGACAUUUCUUGACCAACAUGAGGGGCCCAGAUCCCAGUUGAUCCCACCUAGUUAGUUCUGAACGAUCACGGGAACCUGCGCUGAUCCGGCCGAAAUGGCUCGACUGGAAAGCGAGACCACCCCGGGCGGAGCGCGUUCCCCGUCGAGCUUCGCAUGCGGAGAUAGGGCCGACCGCGUUGGACACGACGCACGCGGAGCAGACGCCGGCCAUCGGCCAUGACGUAUCGUGCCACGGUCAUUGGGUAUGAUCAUGAUUUGCUGGGCCCUGUGUGGUUCCAAAUCCGCGUGGUGAGUAGCGGUCCUGCGGCGCAAGUUCACUUCACUUGGCAUCGCUUCAAUGCCUUCAAACACCUGGCGGAAUACUUGCGGCACCGCUGCCCUGACUUGCCUAGCCUACAGCCUCGAGGUCAUCUAUGGGAGAGGGCCGUGAAGGUGGUGAACUACAGCGUUUUUCUGAAAGAGCGGCAGCAAAGCUUGACCGCCUUCCUGCAGGCCGUCCUGGUGGCUGAUCCUACCGUGGAGGAUGUCCUUCUUCGCGAGUUCCUGCAUCUUCCAAGUGACGGGGCCUAUCCCAGGACGGAGGAUGAACUUCGGAAUGUGGACGAUGAAUGCGACCGUCCAAGGUCAUGUUCUAGCAUGGAUAAGUUCAUGGAGUCACAUCGAGACAGACAGAGAUGCUCCACAGGAGACUUUGGUGUCAGGCUCGAGCAGGAGGCUAGCUCCUGUCGUAAGCGUUGCGCAUCCUUGCCUUUGGUGAGCCUUAAGGAUGAGGAACCAUUGGCGGAGACAGAGGAUCAGCGCUUCAGCGACCACGCAGUGAUCAUCGCCAGGGACGUGGCGCGGGUCUUUCCGUCACAUCAUGGCAUCCACCAUGUGCGCCUGGAGAUUGCGGAGGUCCUGCGCGCCUACGCGCGACAGGACCCUGAUCUGGGCUACACUCAGGGCAUGUGCUUCGCUGCAGGCGUGGUGUGUUUGAAGUCUGGUGCCUCCUUAGAGGAGAAAGUGCAACGCUUCUCAGAGCUGAUGAAAGAUCUGAGAGACCUCUGGAUGCCAGGCUUCCCGUUGGUGGAACAAGGAGUGCCAGCCUUGGAAUCGAUGUUGGCCAGCAAGGAUCCUGAGCUCUUGCACCAUUUGUACCACAACGUGAAGCUGGACCUGGGGAUGGUGGUGCCAGGAGCUUGGUUGUCCAUCUUCGGAAAGUGGCUGCCGGUGGAGGUCUUGGAAGAGUUGGUGCCCUUCCUGCAACACCAGGGGCUUCCAGGCUUUGUGGUGGUGACCUUCCUCAUCCUGCUGGCCCAUCGCGACAAGCUCCUGGCAGCUCGAAGUUUAGAGGAGAUUCUGCCUCGCAUCAAUGGUUUCUCCAGCGAACCUGCGCCGGAUCACCUGCUCUUGAACAGCGAAGUCUCGGUGCAUCAACUGCAAAGUGGUCGUGACUCAGUCUCCUGGAUCGCGGCGAUGUAGGCACCGCUGGGCC